CAAAGUCUCAUUAAGUAGUAUGUAAGGAAACUGCUUGAGAAUUGUUUGUGAAAACUUCCAGAAACAUGGGUGUGUUGAAGUCGUGCGUGUUCACCUUUAUCAUUUUAGUGGAAUUACAACAUAUUGUUGCGCAACCUAUAUUCGAGUCCCUGUUCUGCGACUUUCUGUGUGACGAUGAUUCAGACUACGACUUCUGUGAUGGGUGCAGCUCUUCCGAAGACUCAAACAAACAGACAAAAACUACCUCUACUUCGAUAGCACCUAAUCAAGAAAUCAAUAUAAAGAUUCCAGCGGCGUCUCAAGGCACAGUUUUGGAUAUAAUCAACAAGAACGGAGCAUUCUCCGUGAUGGUGGACGCUCAAGGUAGCGGGUCGAGCGCCGCACCAGCUGACUCUUCCACCGCCGCUCCGACCACUGCCGCCGGGGGAAGUACUACAGCAGCUGCUACCACUGCUAAGAAAUAAGCUUACAUUUAUAAUGUUUUUGUUGUUUGUGUUUGAUUUUACGCGUGUUACAGAUUUACAGGAAAAUAACGUAUUAUAUACGCGGUUCAGGUAUUCAUUAUGUUACCAUUUAUGGGCGCUGUUCUUGGGUAGAGUAAACGGUAGAGUAGAGCGGUAGAGUUCUAACUAUUCUACUUACUAUACUAAUGUGGACACCUUUGGUAGAGUAGAGUGCUAAAAUUUAGUAGAGUCUCUACUCUGGCUAACACCAUGGCAGUAUGUCAGUUACUCUGCUAAAACUGGUAGAGUAGUAUGAUAGUUGACUCUACCGUUUACACUACCCGUGUACAAGCUAUUGUGUGUAGAAGCCAUAUUCUGACAAAAGCUGUCUGCCAAUGACCACGAUCGGCAGAUGUUUUUCUUUCUUUUGUUAAACAAAUCAUUUCAUUUUUAAUUGUAAAAUACUCGCGUAAAACAAAACAAGAAAAUACAGUAAUUAGGUACCUACUGUAGGUUUUUUAUAGAACUAAAUAUCAUGCCUAACUACAAUAAUGCAUAUGUUUGCAUACAUUUUGUUAUACAUACGUUACGCAUUACUAGAAAUUAUGAAUCUUACAUAAAUAUAUUUUUUUCUAGCGGAACAUAUCGGUAUCUAGAUAUAUAUACUACAUUGAUAUACUAAAAGCAGGUACUAGAUGUUGUAAUGUAGAUAUUUUGUAGUUAUUUGGUAGGGUAAAACUUCCUGUACGUAAAAAACUUAAAGGUAAAAAAUAUUAUAAACGUGAAAGCCAUGCAUUUUUUAUUUACGAGGACUCUUUUUAUUACAUUUAUAAUAAUAAAUAUUACGUUUUUGGAAUUAACCCCGUCGCAAUAGUCCCAAAUGGUUUACUAAUUUCAAAAAAUUAGGUACAUAAUAUUAUAUUCCUUAUAUUUUGUGUAUACCCAUAAAUAAUUCAUUAAUUGUGUGAUAUUAUACGAAAUAAAAAACCAACUUUGUAUUUUAAGUUUCAUGUUCUAUCUUCUACAUAAAUAGGAUCUAACUAUUAGUAGCAUAACUAUAUAUGCACUCGGGCGUAAGUUAAGAAAAAAGUUGUUAUGAAAUAAGGAAACGCUUAAAUAUAUUUCUUGAAAUCAAGAACACUAAUUGUUUAAUUAUGAUAAUUAAUGUAAUAGGAAAUCCUGUAAAAUAAUUGGAAAUAAAUUGUUUAAAAACUA